AUGUUACGUGUGUACACUGAUACACCCAUGGAGCAGGUCGGGAUUCGGGAAUCAGCGACAGUCAGCGUCCAUCCUGUUUGGAUAAUGUACUGAGGACCCGAAACCACGGCGGGGUCAACGCAGACCCCGGAGCGGACACUCAGCGAGACAAACGGCGUUGCGGGCAGCUCACAUAGCGGCUCGCCGUCGCUUGGUGGUGGUUGUUAAAAGCCUCCAUCACAUCCCCAAGGCCUACCUGGGAUGCUAAGCUAAUUAGCUAGCUGUCAACGUUAGCAGGGCUGAAUGUAAACCACAGCUAGAAAAAAACUGCAGGCGAUGAAAAAGAAUUAUCUAGUUUAGACCAAAUGAUGGAAAUCUGACAGGCAGAUUAAUAUCUUUAAUAAAGCUGUCAUUUUGCUAGCUGUCACCAAGUUGUAGGUAGUCGUCCGCUUAUGUAGCCUGUUCAGCUGAAACAAACAUCGGCUGUCAGACGUUCUCCUGUGCUAGCAGCGGCCUCGACUAGUUCUAAGAUGUGGUUAAAGCUGUUUUUCUUACUCUUGUAUUUCAUAGUAUUGUUUAUGCUAGCGAGGAUUUUUGAGGCGGUCGUAUGGUAUGAGACUGGCAUAUUCGCCACCCAGCUGGUGGAUCCAGUCACCCUGAGUUACAAGAAGUUGAAGACCAUCCUGGAGUGCCGAGGCCUGGGAUACUCCGGACUGGCUGAGAAGAAGGAUGUCAGCGAGUUGGUGGAGAAGUCAGGAGAGUUGACCCAAGGGGAGCUGUACUCAGCUAUCAAGAAAGAGAAGGAGCAGACUGAAGCAGGAGAUGCCAGCACCACUCACUUCAGUGGAGAGAUGCACUUCUACGAGUUAGUGGAGGACACUAAGGACGGGAUCUGGCUGGUUCAGGUCAUCGCUCAGGAUCGUGAGGCUCUACUCAGUCAGUCCAGUUGGGGAAAGAUGGUGCAGAAAGUGUCUCAAUUUGGGAUCAGAACUGGAACCUUCAACUGUUCUAAUGACUACAGAUCAUGUAUCAGGCGCGGCUGGCAGCACUCCACCCUCAUCAUGUCUGUUCCUCAGACGUCAGCGUCAAAAGGCAAAGUCAUGCUGAAAGAAUACAACGGCCGCCGCAUUGAAACUGAACACAUCUUCCGCUGGAUGACCUCGCAUGUGGCUCAUCGAAUCAAAACGCUACGUCAGUCGGAUCAGUUGGCGGAGGAGUGGCGCUCUGACCCUGAGCACCCUGUUAAAAUGUUCCUCUUCGCCCGGCUGUCCCAGCCCCCUGCCUUUUUCUCCUCACUGUCAGUCAAGUUCACCGGGAGGAUAGAGUUCAUCUUCGUGGACAUACGGAACUGGGACAACCACAGCACCCUGUCAGAGAUUGGAGUGACACAAAGCCCCGCCUACAUCCUCAAGAUGCCAGAGGGCACAUAUCGCUAUGGCAACAGCACUGGGGAGUUUCUGUCUCUUGCUGCUAUGGACAUGUUUCUGCGUUCAGUCCAGCCAGAGGUCAAUGACCUAUUUGUCCUCAGCCUGGUCCUGAUCAACUUGCUGGCCUGGAUGGACCUUUUCAUUACACAGGGAGCAACAGUGAAACGAUUUGUAGUUCUAAUCCGAACCCUUGGAACCUACAACUCUAUACUGCUAGUAUCCUGGCUUCCUGUUCUGGCCCUCCUCCAGCUGCCAUACCUGGACAGUCUGUAUGGCUACAGUCUGAAGCUGCUGCGUUACGCUGACACCACAAAACUGGCCAGCUUAGUCCGAGCUGACUGGACCUUCUACUCAUCUCACCCAGCUCUCUUCUUGUCCACAUAUCUGGCCCACGGCCUUCUGGUUGACUACUUUGAGAAGAAACGCCGCUGUGGGGUCAGGAGUCAAGAAGACAGCACAACUAACCUGGAGUGGCUGGCUAGUCUGUGGGACUGGUACACUUCCUAUCUGCUUCACCCAAUCGCCUCGUUGCAACAGGUCCCGUCCGACCAUUCAGACUGGGAGGAUGAUCCAAACUUCCUGUUUGAGCGUUUAGCGUUCCCUGAUCUCUGGCUUCACCCUUUGGUAAAUGUUGACUACAUGAAAGCUUUGCCCACCUGGAGGUUCAGAGCAGUUGGUCAGCACAGAGGAGAGGCUUCUGCUGGAAGCACGGAUGAAGAGACCGAUGGUUCAAAUUCAGAUACAGAGUGCAGGAGUGAUUCCCCACACUGUAGUCAAAAGCAUGCCAGAUGUCUGUCACACUUCAGCUGCAGUCAGGACAGCAGCAGCAUGGACCCCAGCAGCAGCUCUGAGUUUCAAAAAAGGUCACCAUCACCUCAGUGGGUGCAGGAAGAUGACCACCACACACCUGAGGGUGCCUCUAGCCAUCAGCAUUGUGAUUGGUCAGUCUGGCCUUGCAAUAUCCUGCAAUGCUCAGAGUGUGUGGUGUGUUUAGAGAACUUUGUAGCUGAUGAGCUGCUCAUGGGUCUGCCCUGUGGCCAUGCCUUUCACCAGCAGUGUAUUGUAGUGUGGUUGGCAGCAGGAAGACACUGCUGCCCAGUGUGCCGCUGGCCCAGCUACAAGAAGAAACAACAGAGGGCAGCACAGAGCAGCUCUACUGAAAACACACUACAAGACUGAUGAACAGGUUGAUCAGCUGAACCUCCUCUUCAUAUUCAUGACUCCUCUCUCCUUAGGGCCCUGCUAACUGUUACGGUGCUUCCUCACCACAUGGUACUGGCUCCACUUGACUUGUUUGCUGUCAAUUCCACUAGAAUUUCUGAGUUCACCAGUUGUUGAUAGUAGAGGUUGGCUAAUUGUGAAUUUUUUUAAAAGUUCAGUUUAAUCACAGUUUGGAGCUGGAAAAUAAUGUGGUGAUGUUACCACUCUAAUGAAAUGGCACUAUUUGAAAUGAACAAUCUUUGACUUCUUUAGAAACCAAAGGUGGAAACUUAUUCAUAUUCUUUAUUCAAAGGGAAGUACAACAGUACAAUCUCUGUAAUGUACUCAAGGAGAAAACAGCACUUCUACAUUUCUAAUGCUGUUUCUGUGCGAAGCUAAUUGAACCUCAUCAACCAUUGUGGCAUUUGUUCUUCCAGUCUUGGGCAUCUAGACAAUACGUUUUGUGAUAAUCCAUCUCAAAUACAUGAAAAUCAAAGUACUUACCAAGCAAGUAGAGUAGGAUGGAGUUGAGCUGGUACCAUCAAGUGGAAAAGCACCAUUAACUCAUCCAAUGCUUGAUAGGGCAUUAGUACUGUCAGUCAUCUUUACAGCUUGCUUAGGUGGUUUUAGAACUGACCAUACAAAUGGAAAAACAUUAUUAAUGUUAUUAACUAAAUUCCCCUAGGCUGCGAAGGUUUUGACGUGAUCAUGAUGGAAUCUUCAACUUCACAUCACUUCAAAUCCUGUCUCCUGAUUAUCCAUGUAGAACUGGCUUAAAGCAGGUCCUACAUCUGGUAACUGCUUUGACUUUAAUUCAAUUAAUCACACCCCUUUUAUUUUCAAAAGUGCAAUUAAAAGAAACAUUGCAGGUGUGAUUUUUUUUUUUUUCAUAAACCAAGCAUUUUAAGUUACUGUAGUAUUGCUUCAUGAUGUAUUUUGAACUUAUCACUUCUCUCUCCUGGAAGCCACAUGGCAGUCUUCCGUGGAGUUUUUGGUUAGAUGCCAGAAAUAAGACCUGUGAUUAACACAAUAUUCACACUUUUUCACUUUUUGUUCAACAACAGAAAACACACAUAUGAAUACAUUUGGUGAGCUUUUUUCCUUGCAGGAAAAAGUCCCAUUGGCUUUUUGUCAUGGGAAACUGUGCAAUGCUAUGUUGUGGUUUGACCUCCAAUCCUCCUGCAGUGCUGAAUUCAGCUCUGGUUCUGGAUCAUCUUCAGUGAAUCCUGAACUUCCAGGUUAUUGCCAACUUGUAAUAUUCUGGCAAAUAGCAGCUUUACUGACAGUGAGGUUGAUAUAGAUUACCAGAUACAUCACUAACCCAAUUAAACCCCACAGUUAAACUUGCACUACCAUCUCUUUAAAUUAUUGUUCUUGAUUUCUAAUGCACUAAAUCCAGAGAUGCAAACUACUUUCAAGGGGAAAAAGGCUUGGAGCUGGGGAUGCCUGACUAUUUGUUUUUGUUUGUUUUUUUGUUUUGGGUUUUUUUUAAUUUAGGAAAUCUGCUUUUGUAUUUUUUAACAUCGCAAGAUUUAACAAUGCCUAAUCACUGUAACCGUCUUAUGCUUAGUUACACAAGGCACACCUUUGUGUUUUGUGAUAUCUAGAGGUGACCUUAUUGUAUCUUUGGCUUUGGGAGAAUGAGGAUGUUAUUUUCUCAUAAUCAGGAGUGUAGUAGCUGGUUUCAAGUUACAAUUUCACAUUACUCGUCAGUUGAUUCAAAACCAGCUAAUGGGUUAAAGGCAUAUCUCCUUAUGUUGAGUUAAUUUUCUGAGAUCUAACAUUCAACAUUUUCUUCCCCACUGUAGUUGUGCUUAGAAAUGACAAAUGUCAAUGACAUCAGGGUCUUUGCCAAUCACUAAACAAGGAUGUGGCAACUGACUUCACCUGGCAAAAUCAGUCAAGAGGCUGUUAAAAUUCUGGGCCUCAUGUAAGAACCAAAGCAGACGCGUCGUAAACAUAGUCUUGGAAUUUUUUCAUGGAUUGAUGUGUUAGCCAUUAAACGCAUCACCUUACAACGGCUUCAGUAUCCUCCACAUGAGCACCAACCAGCCUCUGUUCUAGGUUUCCUUCCUUGUCCAGGUGGUGAGAGCUUUGUACUUCUGUCAGAAACAGUUUGAGUUUGAUUGAAUAAGUCUUCCUCCCAUUUUGUAUCUGCUACAUUACGAUAAGUCAUGAUGCUGCUUCCAAAGAUAAUGACAGUAAAACUCGCACAGAAAGCCCCAGCAUUUGACAAAACGAUAAUGCUGGAACUGAGAGAUUGAGGUUUACACACCACAACAAUGUCAGAGAUUUUUAUGGAUUAUAUGUUAAUAAUCUAGGAAUUUUGCGAUCAAGGUGAAACCACUCUGCAGUUAACUGGUGGAUCACAGUUGAUUAGGCACCCCUGUUGUAAAGCAUUUCGUACAUCACUGUUUGUUCCUCCACCACCAUAAAGACAGAAACCACUAAUGUCCAGGUGGAACAUGCAGUGCAGCAUCUAGCAACUAAAACCUCAGAAUUUGUUUUCACAAUUAACAAUACAAUUUCACCUUUUAAUUCUGCAUCAUGACUGACUUUAAAGAUGAUAUACUGUAACCCAUUUAACAACGUAAGUUUUAGACUCACAUGUCUAAAAUGUUUCAGCUCAGAAUUUUCUUCUUGUACAAAAUACAUGUCUGUAUAUUUUUGGUUCUGAGUUGAUCAAAGCAGACAGUUUACAGUAUCUGUUGAGAUGCUGCUGCUGAUGUCCUUUAGGUGACGGUGCCGUGGUUACUAUCAUGUAGAGACCCUGUCACAGGGGUCUGUGGUUCUGGAGGUGAUACCCAUAUAGUUCCAACAUCACAUAUAUAUGGAAAUCCUAAUGGCCCAAUAAUAAUAAUUAAAAAAACAACAAAAAAAAACAGUUUUUGGGUAUUUCUUUAAGGGAACAUUUUCGUAGGUUGAUGUUACUUUGGACCUUUUCUAUAAUGGAUAAAGAAAUGAAAAGAUAAUCUUUCACAGUAUGUCUCCUCAACCAUGCAAAAUUUUCAAACUGACUCUAAAAGCCAGUAAUAACAUUUAAAUCGCAUUGAAUUUGUUAAAACAUUCUGUGAUAUUGAAUUCUACAGCAUUUGGAAGCCAUUAAAUUCAUAUAAGCUAUGCUAACUUAUGUGUUGUUUCCCUCUGUGAAGCAGCGGUAUGGCACAGUGGCUGCUCUUUCCUGACUUUUGCUUUGGUUGGUGGAUCGGCCACGGUGAUGUGUACUUGGUUGUGAUAGGUUCGUUAGAAGCAACUAUGUUUAAAUAUGUGCUGAUACCAUUUCCAUGCUGUUCUGUUUUCUAUAUGCUGAUGAAGCAGUACCAAAAUUCUAUACCAUUCUUUACCAUUACCCAUUGGUAAAGAUCUUAGAUGCCAACAUUGUUUGGACAUUUAUCUCAUAAUUAUGUCUGCUGAGUCAGCUGUGGGCUAAGUCAUUUGUUUAGUGCUUUGUCAAAAUUAAUGUUUUGAGUAGGUCUCUAUACCGCCUUAAAGGAAUGUCUAUAAAAACUCAGGAAGUGAUCUGAGCACUCAUACUGACAUGCUCCAAAAUUACCGAAAGGAAAAGAGAAAAUUCACAAAUAACCAUGAAAUUUUGGUAUUUUACAUACAGAACAGAUUUGAACCAUUGUCAAAAAUGACUUUUCAGGCAGUCAUCCCAGUCUUUCAGUCUUACUUCCAAAUGCAGUUAUAUCCAUAACAAAGCAUUUCACAGUUUUUCUUCUGCAUUUUAUUCAUAGUAUAAUUUAUACAUUUUUUUUUAAUUUUACAAUGUUCAAAAUGUAAGAUUUGCUUGUGCUUUUCUGAAGUUUGUGUCAGAUUUUAUUUUGUGUUGGGAGGUGCUUGUUUGUGUUAGCUAACUCCAUUUCUAAGAUAACCACUGUCUCGUUUGCCUACAUCUAUGAUCUUUGUAAUUUGAUUCUAUGUGGAGGACUCAGGUUGAUUUCUCCAUGAAAAUCUUUAUGCUCGCUCAUGAUUUCUUCAAUGUCUUUCUUGAGCUCUACAGCAGCAACACUAUUCAACCCUAUCUGCCUUUGUCUAAGAAAUGGAGUCAUCUAACACACGUGAAUGAGCACACAAGCAUGUAUUCAGACAAACUAAGCAUCAAACUUUCAUCUGAAAUGUAGCGGGGAUGGAAAUUGGAUUGUGUUUGAUAUGUUAAGGGUGACUAGAGUGGUUAAAAAAAGACCACACUGUGUCCAGCAUUAGCUAUUAGCUGUGUUAGUUCAUAAUCACGAGAUGUCCUUCUGGCCAGUAAUUUCUAGCAUCAACCCAUAGGAUUUGCAGUGAAUUAGGUCUUUUACUAAAACUGAAAUAAAUUAAAGAUUUGAUAUGUAAGCUUUGCAUGUGCUUGUUCUUAAGUGAAGUUUGUGUUGGAGUCUGUUGUGUUGCGCAUUGGUCAUUUGUUGAAAUUAGCAAUGCCAUUUCUAAGUUAAUAAAACUGGUGUUAGCUCCAGAGAAGCAGGAUAUAAUUACAUUUCUAAGCAAAAAGUAGCCAAUCUUGCACACUGUUGCAGAGGAGUUAUUGAAGAACUUUUGAACAAGUAUACAGAUUUUUGCAGAAAAAACUAGUUCUCUUCCUAGAAGUCAGUCUGCUGCAUGUAGGCUACAGAGGUACACAUUAGGUUAGAAAUGGACUUGUACCAAAACUUCACGUAAGCACACCAGAACAUGUGAAAAUUACUAUCUCAUACUGAAACUUCAAACACGGUGUGUAUAAUGUUUGAGGAUACAAGGAUACAGCCUUAGCCUCUCAACACAGAGGGUUUGUUGAGUGUGCAUCCUCUUAAAUUCUCGUCAUUUGACUUGCAUUGACUGGCACAACCAAUAUCUCGCCUGAUGAUAUGCCUUGCUCUUGGGUACCUUGUCAGGAGCAAAAAAGCCACGGUAACCUUAACAAUAUCAUGUUCAUAUUCAAAAGAUCAUCCCGAGAUCCUACACCUGCCUCAGCAGCACAGAACAUAAAAAAAAGCCAUAAUUUCAAAUGAAGAGCAUCCCAUAAAUGUCUAUAAGCUUUCAGUUUGUGUGCAGUACCUAAGAAACACUCUGAUUAAAUAAACUAAAUCUAACAUUGAACAAAUUUAAAAAUGGCUUUUGUUUGAGUUGUUGCUGACAGACAUCAGUGUUUUUCAGUUCUGUCUGAUGUUUGAGUUAAUUAAAAGAUGAGCAGGAUUAGAGUUAUUUUUCCUCUUAAGUAGCUUUAAAAAAGACUCGAUAAGAUUUAAAAGCAACCACCUGCUGCUGCUAAUCCGACAUGUCUUCUGCAUUGUUAUAGGUUUAGUUUAGAGUUCCACUUCCACAUGUUUUGCCUCAAUCUUGCCAUGUCCAGAACUCUGAGCAGUGGACCUGAAGCAGGCUGAUACUUCACUCCACACACUUGUUUAAACCUAAGGG